CACCCAUACGCUCAGCUGUAGGACAUUCUCAACCUCAUUUGUUUUGGCAGCGAGCUGCAUCGGACUUCGGGUUUCUUGGUAGUUUUACAAGAAAAAUAUACUUUUAACAUAUUAUCAACCAAACAGCUAAGAUGUCAUCGCCACUAGAUAAGCCUCAGAUUAUUUCGCAUAUUCAGAAGAGUUUGAACUACACAGUGUUUGACAGUAAAUGGAUUCCUUGCAGCGCGAAGUUCGUCUGCCUGGGGAACUAUGCGAGAGGAACUGGAGUAAUGCAGAUAUAUGAAGUGCAGCAAGGAGAGGCUCAGCUUAUCAAGGAGCAAGAAUUUCCUAAACCAAUCAAGUGCGGGACAUUCGGGGCCACAUCUCUUCAACAAAGACACUUAGCAACUGGGGAUUUUGGUGGAAAUCUCAAUAUAUGGAACCUGGAGGUGCCUGGUACUCCGGUGUUCAGUGUUAAGGCCCACAAAGAGAUCAUUAAUAGUAUUGAUGGUGUUGGCGGCCUGGGGAUCGGUGAUGGCGCACCCGAGAUAGUCACUGGAAGCAGAGACGGGACAGUAAAGGUGUGGGAUACCCGACAGAAGGAUUCACCUGUAGCCAACAUGGAGCCCGGGGAAGGAGAGACUAAGAGGGACUGCUGGACGGUUGCAUUAGGUCAUGCCUUUAAUGAUCAGGACCGCUGUGUGUGUGCUGGCUACGACAACGGCGACAUCAAACUCUUUGACUUGAGAAACAUGUCUCUACGGUGGGAAACCAACAUUAAAAACGGGGUAUGCUGCGUGGAGUUUGACAGGAAAGACAUCAACAUGAAUAAACUGGUUGCCACGUCACUGGAGGGAAAAUUCCACGUCUUUGACAUGAGGACCCAACACCCCACCAAGGGCUUCAGCUCCGUCUCAGAAAAGGCUCACAAGUCGACCAUCUGGCAGGUGAAGCACUUGCCUCAAAACAGAGACAUCUUCAUGACUACCGGGGGGGCAGGCAACCUAAAUCUUUGGAAAUAUGAGUAUCCCUCUCAGAGAAGCAAGACAGACUCAGACGACUUGGCCGUGGGCGUAGCUGGCUCCGUCACGCUGUUACAGAACGCCACGCUGUCCACGCAGCCAAUCGCCAGCCUGGACUGGAGCCCCGACAAGAAGGGCCUGUGUGUGUGCUCCGGCUUCGACCAGACUGUGCGCGUGCUCAUCGUCACCAAACUCAGCCAGGUGUAAAAAGAAGUAGACCAGAGACUGAAGGUGAAUAUCUGCGCAGCCGGAUGCAAAAUGAGACACAACUGCAACCUACAAUACAUCUCUGCCUGUUUGUGAGGAUGAAUGGUUUGUUUUCCUUACUGGGAGUUCUGUCAGCUGUAAAUCUCAAUGUUGUACAAUUAACAAUCAUCUUGUCAUAAAACUAUUGAAGUCAAAUGAACUUCUUGGUUUGUGUUCAGCUGCUCUGUCUGUCUGUCUGUCUCAUGUCUCAUCCCCUAAACAAAUGUGCAGUGCUUUGCUUUCCUCAUGAGUCAUUCCUAGCAUUCGGUGCCAUUUCAGCUAGGUUAAUCAAACAUUAUUUAAUAUCUCUGCAUUUAAUUAUUUAACCUGAAUGAUGGCUUAUUAAAGUAUAAGAAACAUAUUUUGGUCAAGCUCAGGAUAUUAUGUUUAAAAAGCUUUUGUUUAACAUCCCCUGUUACUGUGUGUCCACCCUGUUACUGUGCAAAAUAGUAACAUGGUGGACAUUUUAUGCUAAACUUGGCUAUUGCUACAUGUGUGAUGAUCCUCGACGGCACACUUUCAUUCAAAUCUCACAUCAGUAAUAUCACUCGGUCUGCCUAUUUCCAUCUACGCAACAUCAACCGCCUCCGCCCGUCCCUUAACCCUAAGACCACCGCCAUUCUUGUUCACACCCUGGUCACUUCCCGCAUCGACUACUGCAACUCCCUUCUCUUUGGUCUCCCUCUCAAAUCCAUCCACAGACUUCAACUGGUCCAGAACUCUGCCGCCCGCAUCGUCACCAGUACCCCCUCCAUUAACCACAUCUCUCCUGU